AUGUGGCAUUGCAAGUGCACAUUGCUGACGGGGAGCACGGCCGUGUCCACAGCGGGGACAACCAGCGCCCCCCGUGUCCGGCACCACACCAACCGCCUGAUUAACGAGAAGUCCCCCUAUCUCCUGCAGCAUGCUCACAACCCUGUGGAUCGGUACCCUUGGGGUCAGGAAGCCUUUGAUAAAGCAAAGGAAGAAAACAAGCUUAUAUUUCUAUCAGUUGGCUACUCCACCUGCCACUGGUGCCAUGUGAUGGAGGAGGAGUCCUUCAAGAACAAGGAAAUUGGGGAGAUGAUUAUGAACAAGAAUUUUGUAUGCAUUAAAGUGGAUCGUGAAGAGCAGCCAGAUGUGGACAAAGUGUACAUGACCUUUGUGCAGGCAACCAGUGGUGGAGGUGGCUGGCCAAUGAGUGUCUGGUUGACUCCAGACCUCAAGCCCUUUGAAGGGGGGACAUACUUCCCUCUUGAAGAUGGAGUUCAUUGCAUUGGCUUUCGGACUGUGCUGCUCCGAAUUGCAGAGCAGUGGAAGGAGAACAAAGAUGUCCUGUUGGAAUACAGCCAGAAGAUCCUGGAAGCAUUGCUACAGAUCCAUGUUAAAGGACAGGAUUCACCCCCACCAUCCAAAGAAGUAAUGGCCACCUGUUUCCAACAGCUCUCCAGCUCCUAUGAUAAGGACAACGAUGGCUUUUCCAAAUUCCCCAAGUUCCCCACCCCAGUGAAUUUGAAUUUCCUCUUCACGUACUGGGCCCUGCACUGAACAACCCUAGAAGGUGCCCAGGCACUGCAGAUGGCUCUGCACACCCCCAAGAUGAUGGCCCAUGGGGGCAUCCAUGACCACAUUGGUCAGAGGUUUCACCGCUACUCCACUGACCAGCACUGGCACGUCCCCCACUUUGAGAAGAUGUUCUAUGACGAGGGGCAGCUCACAGCCACCUACAGCAAGUGUUUCCAGAUCUCUGGUGAUCAGUUCUUUGCUGAUGUUGCCCAGGACAUUCUGCUCUAUGUCUCACAGGACCUGACUGACCAGGCAGGAGGUUUCUAUAGUGCAGAAGGUGCUGAUUCCUACACAGUCAUCACAUCCAGUGAGAAACGAGAAGGAGCUUUCUCUGUGUGGGCAGCUGAGGAAAUCCGGACUCUCCUUCCUGACCUUGUUGAGGGGGCCACGGAGGGGACAACCUUGGGAGAUGUCUUCAUGCACCACUAUGGAGUGAAGGAGACUGGCGUGAGCCCCAUGAAGGACCCCCAUCAGGAUCUGAAGGGCAAGAAUGCCCUUAUUGUCCAGUGCCCCCCGGAGCUGACAGCAGUCCGGUUCGGGCUGGAGCCAGGGCAGGUGGAUGUCCUGCUGCGGGAGGGCCGGCAGAGGCUGUCCACAGCCUGGGCACAGCGGCCACGGCUGCACCUGGACACCAAGAUGCUGGCAGCAUAGAAAGGGCUCAUGAUCUUGGGCUUUGCCCAGGCUGGGGCAGCCCUGGCCAAGGAGGAGUAUGUGAGCCAGGCUGCCCAGGCAGCUGCCUUCCUGCAGAGAUACCUUUUUGACCCCACCAGUGGGAGGUUGCUGCGGAGCUGCUACCGGGGCAGAGACAACACAGUGGAGCAGAGUGUCAUGCCCAUCCAGGGCUUCCUGGAGGAUUAUGUCUUCAUCAUCCAGGCUCUCUUUGACCUGUAUGAAGCCUCGCUGGAGCAGGGCUGGCUGCAGUGGGCUCUGCAGCUCCAGCACAUGCAGGACAAGCUUUUCUGGGACCCUAAAGGCUUUGCAUAUUUCUCCACUGAGGCUGGCGACUCCUCUCUGCUCCUGCGCAGAUGGUGAGCUCAGGGAUGUGGGUUAUGGUGUGGGGAGCUUAGGGAGGACCAAGAUGGAGCAGAGCCCACUGCUAACUCUGUGGCAGUGACAAACCUGCUCCAAGCAGCUUGUUACUCUGGCCGCAUGGAGUGGGUGAACAAAGCUGAGCAGAUCUUGGCUGCCUUCUCAGAGAGGCUGCAGAAGAUCCCAAUAACGCUGCCAGAGAUGGCCUGGGCUACCUCUGCCUUCCAUCACACCCCCAAACAAGUCAUUAUCUGUGGGGACCCCCAAGGAGAAGACACGAAAGAGAUGCUGCAUUGUGUCCAGUCCAUCUUCAGCCACAGCAAGGUGCUGAUACUAGCAGAUGGAGACAUCAGUGGGUUCUACUGUCAGUUGCCUUUCCUUGCAUCCCUGGAGAGAAAGGAUGGGAAAGCCACCGCUUACCUCUGCAGCAGCUUCACCUGCUCCCUGCCUGUCACCUCUGCCCAGGAGCUGCGUGGGAUGCUCUGCCUGUGAGCCCCCUUGGCCGUUCUGCCUGCAGGAAGGCAAGGGGCACAGAGACUGUCAUGCCUGCCUGCAAUCACAGGAGAAACCUGUAAUAAAGCCACUCUGGGCAUCAGCUGCAUCUCAUAUGGUUCCUGGCAGCAGGCUGUGAUGGCACCGCUGCUCUGGUGGCAUCUCCACAGAAACAGCUCUGGUCCACAAUGUGUGCACUUCCAGGAGACACCCAUCGAGGAGCAUCCCCUUCUCCUGCAUAUGAGCUUGCUCCUCACCUCUUCUCAUGGAGGGAACAGAAAACAAAUAUAAAUCCCAGUGCUGAUGGAGGAGUCAGAUGGGAAAAUGAUUAGGGUUCCUAUAGCAACCCAGCAUAAUGUUGUGAAAAGCACCUGGGUGACUGGAGAGUGCAGUGCUUGGGAAGG